UAUUAUCUCGAAAUCCAAGGAGGUGUAAUUUUACCGGUGUAAACGUUUGUCCUCCGUUCGCUUGACCGACCGGAACAAAGCAGCUUCCACGUAAAGGCACGAAAUUCCAUUCAAUUUGAAACUAUGGUGACUAUCCUGGGUGUUUUUUUUUUCUCCCUCGUAGCGUCCUCCGUUGGCAAGACCAGAUGCAAGACGACGUCUAUACGACACGAGGAUAACCAGGCAUCUCCAACACCGAGGCUUUUUGUACGACUGUCCUCGGACUCCAGGGCUCAUCGCCCUCCACAGGCGGUCGUCCCAGACAUCACCCAUGCCUGGGUAUCUAGAAUUUUCCUCCAAGGCAUCAUCCUGGGAUGUGCCAUUAUUUGGAACGGAGCAAAUGGACGCGUAAAACCCACUUACUUAGGCGAGUUUUCGUUACUUGGAGGUAUCCAAAAAAAGGUACUUAAAGGGAAGACGAUUGUAGCUAUGGUUUAAGUCGCCAAAACGCCAUGGCAUCUCCUGAGGGACAGAGUGGCCCGAAACAUUACUGUGGCCCAAUUAACCCGUGGGUCAUCCUUGUUUCGUACCACCUUCUGUUGCUUAACCACGAUACAGACGAAACUAUGCAUUGCAAGACGCCGUAGGUAGUACCUACAUGCGAACCAAGCAAAAUG